GGGUGGGGCCAGGAGGGGAGCCUGCGGGGGCGGUGUGCAUCCAGUUCUGGGCCAGGGGGUCCAAAGUACUCAGCCCCCAGGGGUACAGCCGGACAUUUGGGGGCCUUCUGUCAGCAGGGGACAUCGUGAAUGGGGACCCUCUAUGGGAGAGGAUGAGGGAUACUUCCUGAUCCUGGCUGUCUGAUCAGGGCAAUGGCAUCUCCCAGCCACAUCCUGGCUCUCUGCGUGGGUUUCCUCACUGUGGCCAAUGCAGAAGCUCCACAGGAACCUGAUCCAUUCACCUAUGAUUACCAUUCCCUGAGGAUCGGCGGCCUCACCAUCGCCGGGAUCCUCUUCAUCCUGGGCAUCCUCAUCAUUCUUAGCAAGAGAUGCAGGUGCAAGUUCAACCAGCAGCAGAGAACUGGGGAACCUGACGAAGAAGAGGGAGCUUUCCGCAGCUCCAUCCGCCGUCUGUCCACCCGCAGGCGGUAGAGGCACCACCUGGCUCGAAGGAACUCAGCCAGGUCCUGAAGCUGAUGGGCAGGAGAGGAAGGGAGGCAGGGGGCGCAGUGCCAGAGUGGGAGAGUGGCGAGGAGGUCUUGGGGUCCCUGUUGCCUCUCAUCCUCUUCACUCCCACAGGACCCCCAUGGCACCUGACGCCUCCCCCCACCCUGCGUGUCUGUGGCCACCUCAACGGUCCCUUGCCCUAGCCCUGACCCAGGGGCACCCUUGCCACCCAGACUUCCAAUAAAGCCUGUUUUUCCCUCUUGA